ACUCUAUAUCCAUUCUAAGAAAAUCUACGUCUUCAAGUAACUUCUCCAAUGGCUAUUCAUCAGAUAAUGGCAACGAUGUUAUUCCUUUUAGCCUUUGCCAGGGCAGAUCAUUCGACAGCCCAGGUUUUCAAGGGGUCGGUGUCCUGCUUAGACUGCAAAAAAGAUUAUGAUUUCUCAGGCAUAAAGGUUGCGCUGAAGUGCAAACAAGCAAAGAAGCUGAGUAUAACCAUGACACAGAAAGACGGAUCUUUUAAAACAGCUCUUCCACUAAAUAUUUUAGCAUCAACUCCUUCAGCCAACUGCUUGGCUAGCAUCUUGGGCGGUCCAGAACAGCUCUACACUUCAAGGAAAAAUAUGGUGACCAACAUUGUCAAGAUCCAUGAAUCUUAUUCCUCCUCUUACACCAUCUUUCACCCUCUGAGCUUCUACACAUCAUGCCCUUUGUCACACGGAAAAUGUGGGGCUGCAAGUUCCGCUAUUGGCUCUUCCAAGACUGUGGAUCUGCCUCUGCCAAGGGAAUGGGGCUUAGCUCCAUCAAGCUAUUAUGUUCCGUUCCUACCCAUUAUCGGUAUACCUUAAGUUUCUGGCAUUGUAUUAUAUGAUGGCACUACUUAUAUAGUACACCUAGAUAUGCUGUGUGAUCUAUGUAUUUACUUGGGACAGACUUGAUAAGCUAAGCUUUACUAAUUAUGUGUUGUGCGCUUAGGGGAGUGAGUGUUUGUUAAAUUGGCUCCCAGGCUUUAUUUACGAAUUGUAUUAAACUUAUGUGGCAUGUUAGUUUGCACCAGUUCAACUCUGUGGUCAUUUGUACAUGUUAGAACUUAACUGUAAAACGCUUGUACUGCAUAUUUGGUGACUUGGUGUUCUCCAAAUCAGAUGGCGACUGCGAUAUUAAACCCUUCUUACGAAUCUGCGGCAAAUAAAGGAUUUCAGCCCUCCACUUGCCACGAUCCAAAAUCUGCCUACUUCUCCAUU